CGCAGGUGUGCGACUACAGUAACACAUGUCCCCAGCACACCAGCCCGGUCUUUAAACGCGAUUUUAAUUUUGUGUGCGCUGUAUUUUCGCCAUGUUGUGGACGGCUAGUACGAUUAUCAGGAAAUUCUCCAUGAGCUCUACUUACUACCAAAAUAAGCUGAAGUUGGCCCUGAUUGGCCAAAGCUUGUUUGGACAGGAAGUGUAUACAAACCUCCGCAAGCAGGGCCAUAAAGUGGUGGGCGUAUUCACAGUUCCUGAUAAGGAUGGCAAGGCGGACCCCCUGGCUGUGGUGGCGGAGAAAGACGGGACGCCGGUGUUUAAGUUCCCACGGUGGAGGGUGAAAGGUCAGCCCAUCCCGCAGGUAGUGGAGGCGUACAAAGCCGUAGGUGCCGAACUGAACGUCAUGCCCUUCUGCUCCCAGUUCAUCCCCAUGAAUGUGAUCGACUUCCCCAAAUAUGGCUCCAUCAUUUACCACCCUUCCAUCCUACCCAAACACAGAGGAGCCUCCGCUAUCAACUGGACACUAAUCAAAGGGGAUAAGAAAGCAGGAUUUAGUAUAUUCUGGGCUGAUGAUGGAUUGGACACUGGUCCCAUCCUGUUGCAGAGGGAAUGCCCAGUAGAACCCAAUGAUACUGUGGACACGCUCUACAACCGCUUCCUGUUUCCAGAGGGUAUUAAGGCCAUGGUAGAAGCUGUACAGCUUAUUGCAGAAGGCAAAGCUCCCAAGAUCCCACAGCCUGAAGAAGGAGCCAGUUAUGAGGGUAUCCAGAAGAAAUCCAAUGCUAAGGUGAAUAUGGCCCAGCCCGCUGAGGACAUCCAUAACUGGAUCCGUGGUCAUGAUAAAGUUCCAGGUGCUUGGAUUAUCAUUGAUGGAAAGCCGGUAACGCUGUACAGCUCAUCGAUGCUGGGCGGGUCAGUGCCCACAAGUCAGCCAGUAGAGGUGGAGGGGGCAUCUCAACCUGGACUAAUCACAAAAUCAGGACUCGUUCUGUUUGGGUCAGAUGGAAAAGCGCUUCAAGUCAAGAACCUGCAGUUUGAGGAUGGAAAGAUGAUACCAGCAUCCAAAUACUUCUCAACAGAGGAGACCACCAGUUUAGAUCUCACAAAUGAUGAGAAGAAGAUGGCUGAGGAGAUCAGGGCGAUCUGGAAAGGUAUUCUGAGUAAUGUGUCAGCGAUUGAAGAUACAACAGAUUUCUUUAAGUCAGGAGCCGCAUCUAUGGAUGUGGUUAGAUUGGUGGAGGAGGUGAAGCAGAAAUGUGGAGGAAUUCAGCUUCAGAACGAAGACGUCUACAUGGCCACCACUUUCCAGAGUUUCAUCCAGAUGUUCGUUCGACGCCUGCGUGGAGAAGACCAGGAAGAGGAGCUGGUCAUUGAUUAUGUCACAAAAGAUGUCAAUAACAUGACCCUGAAGAUGCCCCAUCAGUGUUUCAUCAACGGCAUAUUUGAAGAUGCAGAAGAUGGAAAGACAUACGACACGGUGAACCCCACAGAUGGUUCGGUGAUCUGUAAGGUGUCAUAUGCUUCAGUGGCAGAUGUAGAUCGAGCGGUUAGUGCAGCCAAAGAGGCAUUUAACAAUGGACCUUGGGGCAUGAUGAACCCUCGUGACCGGGGCAGGCUGCUCUACCGUCUGGCUGACCUAAUGGAGGAAGACCAGGAAGAGUUGGCCACUAUUGAGGCGAUUGACUCUGGUGCCGUUUAUACACUGGCUUUAAAAACCCAUGUGGGCAUGUCCAUUCAGACCUUCAGAUACUUUGCCGGCUGGUGUGACAAGAUCCAGGGCUCAACGAUACCCAUCAACCAGGCCAGACCCAACCGCAACCUUACCUUUACCAAGAAAGAGCCUCUGGGUGUGUGUGCCAUAGUGAUUCCAUGGAAUUACCCAUUGAUGAUGUUGGCAUGGAAGAGCGCAGCCUGUUUGGCAGCUGGAAACACACUUGUCUUGAAACCUGCACAGGUAACCCCUCUGACUGCACUGAAGUUUGCAGAGCUGACAGUCAAAGCUGGCAUUCCGAAAGGAGUGAUCAACAUUGUACCAGGAUCAGGUGGUCUGGUCGGACAGAGGAUGUCUGAUCACCCUGAUAUCCGUAAACUGGGUUUCACAGGCUCUACUCCCAUCGGCAAGCAGAUCAUGAAAAGCUGUGCAGUCAGUAACUUGAAGAAGGUGUCUCUGGAAUUGGGCGGGAAAUCUCCCCUCAUUAUCUUCAGCGACUGUGACAUGGACAAGGCAGUGAGAAUGGGCAUGAGUUCUGUUUUCUUCAACAAAGGAGAGAACUGCAUCGCUGCUGGCAGGCUUUUUGUAGAAGAUUCCAUUCAUGAUGAGUACAUCAGGAGAGUGGUUGAGGAAAUCAAGAAAAUGAAGAUUGGAGAUCCUUUGGAUCGCUCCACAGAUCAUGGACCUCAGAACCACAAGGCCCACCUGGACAAGCUGGUGGAGUACUGCGAGAUCGGCGUCAAGGAAGGGGCAACACUUGUCUAUGGUGGGAGACAGGUAGACAGACCUGGCUUUUUCAUGGAGCCCACAGUCUUCACAAAUGUAGAAGAUCAUAUGUUCAUCGCCAAAGAGGAAUCGUUUGGUCCUGUUAUGGUGGUAUCGAAAUUCAAGGAUGGUGAUGUAGAUGGAGUUUUAAGCAGAGCCAAUGACACAGAGUUCGGUCUGGCCUCUGGAGUUUUCACCCGUGACAUCAACAAAGCCAUGUACGUCAGUGAGAGACUGGAGGCAGGAACCGUGUUCGUCAACACCUACAACAAAACCGAUGUGGCAGCACCAUUCGGAGGCUUCAAACAGUCCGGCUUCGGCAAAGACCUCGGUGAGGAAGCCCUUCAUGAGUACCUUCGGACUAAAGCAGUGACAGUGGAGUACUGAGAGAAGCCUGCAGCUGGACUCUCGGCAGAACUGCAGCAGCGAUCUGUUGUCUUGCUUUGGCUUUUGCUUGAAGCAGGUUUGAUUGGAAAACUACACUGAUGUGCCUACAUUUUUUUAUCUCCCUUUAUCUGGAACUGCUUUAUGCUUAGAGGGGUGCAAAUACUGACUUGCCACUCUAAGCUGGCAAUUUAUCAUUUUUAUUUUAAUUUAAAAAAGGCAACCGAUCUCCAAGUGGACACACAAACUCUUGGUCAUCAGAUCAAGAGGCUGAAACACAAGUAUUUUACUGAGUUAACUUGAGGUGCCAAAUUCAUUAGUUUUCACAAAAAGAAAAAACUGUAUUAUUAGCUGCUCUGGAUUAUUAUAAUGUGCACAUUGAGGGAAGCCGUUCAUAUCACUGCCACUUUAUGAAAUCCGUAUUACCAUAUUUGUACAUUUUAAACAUUUUUAAUAUGCAUAGCAUUUCAACAUAACACAUUUUAAUUAGUAUAACUGUAUAUAUUUGAUUAGAGAAUGAGACAAAUUGUCUUAUUUUUUCUAUUUAAUUUUGCAUUCCAGACAGAUGAUUUAAGAUGAUUGGAAAUGUUGAAAUGAAAUAAUAUAAACACACCAUUCUCUUAGCAAGGAAGUAAUUUAUUUUGUGCUUAAUGAGGCAAUAUGUAAUUAGUAACUUACACUCUUCAAUUCAGUACAAACACACUGUGAACCUGACAAUGUGAGCAAUUAAAGGGAUAGUUCACCCAAAAAUUGAAAUUCUCUCAUCAUUUACUCACCCUCAUGCCAUCCCAGAUGUGUAUGACUUUCUUCUGCAGAACACAAAUGAAGAUUAUUAAAGAAUAUUUCAGCUCUGUAGUAGGGCUGAAAGGAUUAGUCGACGUUAUCGCAAAGUAUGAGGGAAUUAUAAUGCAAAAAUACAAAAUAAGUAAACAUAGAAACAAUUGUUGUGGAAUAAGCGGAGCCGGAGCUCUUUAAAGGAAACACCCCGUUACAUCUUAAAUGCAGUUAUAUUUAAUGCGUUAUAGCUUUAUUAAAGUUCACAUAAUAUGGAAGCAGAUCAUGUAAUAACUACAGACUCCAAAACUGGCAUUUCUCUGUGCGGUCAGUGCCUUUUCUAUGAGUUGCACGAAUGUCCCGAUCUAAGGGGGAGAGAUUGAAACUCCACCCGGCUGAUGCACACUCUGUCACGCGCACACUUGCUGCAGCUAGAUUAUAACGUGAUGGCUUGCGACUUAUUGAAUCAUAAUAUACGUGUCACUGUUUUUUCUUAUCGUGAAGAAAAUUGGCAAUACGCUGCUUUAUUAAUAAGAGAGAGUUUGUUUUUUUGAGUUAAAGAUGGAUUGAAGUGAACAGAAAGGUGAGAGAGGUAGUCUUCGCCCCAUUAUACACUGCAACAAAAUAUGUUUUUGAUUUAUUUUUUGUUUUGGCUUGUUUUCCAAUAUAAAUAUCUAAAACUCCUUUAAAACAACGUACAAUUUCUUUAGCAGCUAUACUGCAGAAGAAAAAAUUGUUAUCUGAGAAUGUUGAAUAUAAUAUUAAAAAUACUAAUAUUUUCAAAUAUCUAAAAAUCCUUUAAAAAAAGAUGCAUUCACCUGAGAAGCAGCAUAAGAUAUUUAAACUUGCUUUUAGAGAACAGAUCUUGAAUAUAUUUUGUCUUUACUGCAUUCACAGAAGUAUAACCAAGUGAAAAAAUACACCUAUAUACAAAAUACACUUAUAUUUAAGAUACAUUCUCUAAAGCAAGUCUAAAUAGCUUAUAUGUUGCUUCUCAAGUAAAUUUAUCUUGUUUUAAGGAUUUUUACUCCAUUUUAAAUGGAAAACAAGACAAAAACACUUGAUAACAAAAGGAUUUUUUUGCAGUGAAUUUCUUUAAUGAAUUAAAUUGAAUAAAAAGUAUUUUUUUCCCUUUAAUUCAGUGAAUGUCAUUUAGAGGUAUUUUUAAAAGAUGUUUUUGUCCUCUUUAUUGUUAGUAAGCACGUUUAAUACAACCUUUUAAGUCGGGCCACAAGCUGAAUAAUCGGUUAAGAGCUAAUGAUUAAUCGUUGCAAUAAUCGUAUAGUCGAUUAAUCGUUCUAAUAAUCGUUAGAUUAAUCGAUUAUCAAAAUAAUCAUUAGUUGCAGGUCCAUACAAUGCAAGUGAAUGGUGACCAGAACUCAGGUCUAAAAAGCACAUAAAGUCAGCAUAAAAGUAAUCCAUAAGACUCCAGUGGUUAAAUCCAUGUUUUCAGAAGUGAUAUGAUAGGUGUGGGUGAGAAACAGAUCAAUUUUUAAGUCCUUUUUACUGUAAAUAUACACUUUCACAUACUUUUGUGGAAGUGACUUUCACAUUCAACCACCUACCGGUCAGGGCUGGUCAAAGGUGGAGAUUUAUAGUAAAAAAAGUACUUAAGUAUCAAUCUGUUUCUCACUCAAACCUAUCAUAUCACUUCUGAAGACAUGGAUUUAACCACUGGAGUUUUAUUGAAUAUUUUAUGCUGCCUUUAUGUGAUUUUUCAGAGCCUCAAAGUUUUGGUAACCAUUCACUUGCAUUGUAUGGACCUACAGAUUUGAGAUAUUCUUCUAAAAAUCUUUGUGUUCUGCAGAAGAAAAAAAGCCAAACAUGUGUGAUGGCAUGAGGGUGAGUAAAUGAUGUGAGAAUUUUCAUUUUUGGAAGAACUAUCCCUUUAAGUAUGUGUGACACAUUCUUGUUAACAUGAAUGAAAAUGUGUGUUUGCUGCAGGUUCAUGAUCACUUUAUGAUGAUGCUUUAAGACUUACAACAUGCAUUUGGAAGAAGUGUUAUCUUGUGC